AUGAAGAUCAUCUGGACUUUCACUCUGCUGAUGAUUCCUGGUGUCAUGAGCUCCAUCAGUGUGAGAGGAUAUUCAGGAGGAGGAGUCAUCAUCACAUGCAGAUAUGAUAGAGAAUAUACAGACAAUGCUAAGUAUUUUUGUAGAGGAGAGUGGUCCACAUGCUCUGAACUCAUCAAGACUGAUAAGAAAAGCAAAUGGGUUGAUUCUGGAAGAUUCUCACUGUAUGUCAACACAACAGCAGCAGUUUUCACUGUGACCAUCAGAGAUCUGAGUAAACAGGAUUCUGACACGUACUAUUGUGGAGUCGAGAAACUAGGACCAGAUCCUCACACUGAAGUGAAUCUGAACGUUGUAACAGGUGAACAAAUCAGUGCUGUGAGAGGAUAUUCAGGAGGAAACAUUAUUAUAAACUACAAAUAUAAGAUGCUAGAAAAUAAUUAUUUGAUAGACGUCUGUAAAGCUGGAUCAUAUCAAUGUAUAACUCUAAUAAGCACUGACAGAGCAGCAGAAUGGAAACAUGUCGGCCGAUUCUCUGUUCAUGAUGACAGAUCUGCACGUCUCUUACGUGCGUUUAUCAGAGAGCUGAAUGUGGACGAUUCUGGAGAAUAUAAGAUUAUAGUCAAAGUUUCUGAAGACUACAGUCUCUUCUCUGAGUUUAAGCUGGACGUUAAGAAGGCUGAUUGUUGUGAGAAGAGCAUCAGUCUCUCAGCUGCUGCAGGAGGAUCUGUGAACAUCAGCUGCAAAUACCCACAAUCCCACAGUGCUGAUGUGAAGUUUGUCUGCAGGAGAUCUGGAUCUGAUCUCUGUGCUGAAGAGACGUCUGUGGAGGAGAGCAGAAGAUGGAGCGCUGAGGGACAGAUGCAGCUGUAUGAUGACAGAGAGCAGCAGCUCCUGACGGGAACCAUCAGUCAUGUGACUCAACAACAUUCAGCUGAAUACUGGUGUGGAGUUCAGUCUGAUCAAGGACACAAGAGCUUCAUCACACCAGUCCUCAUCAGCGUUACAAAUGUUUCAGAAACAACUUCACCACAACCAACAUCUUCAUCAUCUGCAUCAUCACCUUCAUCAUCACCACCACCAUCAUCAUCAUCAUCUUCUUCUUCUUUCUCAUCAGUCAGAACUCCACUGAUCACAGGAGUUUCUAAAUCGUCUCCAUCUAGUUUUACACCAGCAGGCUCUUCUCUGAUCGUCUCUCUGGUUCUGGUUCUUCUGGUUCUGAUCACUGUUGGUCUCUUAUUACUGUUUCUCUGUAAGAAGCAUCAGUCUCGAGGCGGUGAUUCAUCAUCUCAGACUGGAGCAGGAAAACCUGAAGCAGUUUCUCACACUGGAUGUGAUUAUGAGGAGAUUAAAGACUCUCACAAACAAUUACCCAUUUUUUUUUUUUCCCACAAUUUAACCUCAGGCUCUUCUCUGAUCAUCUCUCUGGUUCUGGUUCUUCUGGUUCUGAUCAUCGUUGGUCUCUUAUUACUGUUUCUCUGUAAGAAGCAUCAGUCUCGAGGCGGUGAUUCAUCAUCUCAGACUGGAGCAGGAAAACCUGAAGCAGUUUCUCACACUGGAUGUGAUUAUGAGGAGAUUAAAGACUCUCACAAACAAUUACCCACAAACCCCUCUGUUUCUCCUGACUGUGUUUACGCUACAGUUCAGAAAGCCACUGGUGACUCUCAGAUCGUCGUCUCAUCUGCUGAGGAUCUGAAUUACGCCGUGGUGAAUUUCCACAAGAAAGCGGACUGUCCUGACAGAGUCAGUUUGAGGAAUAAUCAGGAUUGCAGUGAAUACACUGCUGUUAAUCAUUUCACUGUCUGA